AUGGUGCAGAUGGAGGAGCCGGAAGGAGGUCGCAUGAAAAUGAGUGGUCAUGGAGUUCGGGCAUUUUCCAACUUGCUCGUCAUGGUUCCUAGGUCAGGAGCAGCCGCGAAGAAGAAGCGGUCGACGUUGCUGUCUUUGACUCGUCGCAACGCGGAGAUCCAGAGCGAGGCGGCUGUCUUGCGGCAGACUGAUCGUCAGGCAGACGAGGCUAAUAGAGCAGCAGCGCAGGCCAACGACGCCGCUCAUCAGCGACGGCUGGCAUUGGCGAACAAGAUCGUGGCGGAGACGCAGCAGGACGAGUUCGAUCGAUGGGUGCCAGAAACGCCGACAGACUACACGGUGGGCGAGUACCUCCAAUGGUAUACCGCACAGCCCGGCCUGUCCAUGAAGUCCAAAGCACACCAAGAGGCGUCCGUGGCCGCGUUUCGAGCGGAGAGGAAGAUGAAAGCUAGCGUGCAAGGCCUGAACUCCGAUGAGGACGAGGGCAAGACGAUCGAUGAGAAAGAAGAAGAAGAGGGGGGCAGCCGUAGUGCGUCGGACGAUGAUGAUACCGAGUCGGAGGUAGAGCUCCUUGUCACCAGCGUCGUCGACUCGUCCAGCUCGAAACAGUUGAGUCGCUUGAAGCGGCCGUCGCCCUUGACGAUAUAG